GAAAUCCACGGCAAAGAUAUUAGCGAGUAAAUGCAACAAGAUCUCCCUAUCCCCUUCAAGCUCGGAGCAUCAUCAGAAUUUCCAUUUUCAAUUUCGCAAAUCAGAGAGAGAGAGAGAGAGAGGGAGAGAGAGCCACACAAAGUGAGAGAGAGAGAGUGCAGCUUCUCCUACCCACCUCAAAUCUUACAUAUAAAUUCGCUUUUAGACACUCUUCUCUCUCUCUUCUUCUAUCUCUAUCUCUCUGUCUGUGCAGACAGCUUUCUAGUUGCUUCUUUUUUAUUCUCUUGCAGUAUGUGUGUCUUAUAAAACCACUGUUUUUUUUAGCAUUUGGCUUCAGAAAUCCAACCGUCGUCCAACUGUUGUUGUUGUCUCGGCUGUUCUUGUUUUUGUUUCUGGGUUUUGGGAUUUAGCCGGCUGCCUCUCCAGCUCUAAGACUGUUCUUUCGAUCGGUAAAGCUUCUUAACGCGCCAAAGGUGGCUUUCUGGUAGUAAGGGAUCAGCCGUAUAAUCCUCAGUUCAUGAGAAGGGAUCGGUUGUUCUUCCUGGGCUUUUGGUUUUCUGAAAUGGGUCGCUCCUGACAUCUAGAACUCACUGUUUUUGCUUUAAUAUUUUUUGCUUUCCUGAGACAUCGGCUUUAGAAUCCUCGGUUCAUAAGAAGGGAUCGGUUGUUUUUUCUGGGUUUUUGAUAUCCUGUAAUGGGUUGCCCCUGUGUUCUUUAAUCAGUGUUUUUUUCAACGCAUCAGCUGUAAAAUCGUCAGUUCAUGAGAAGGGAUCGGUUGUUUUUCUUGGGUUUUUGAUUUUGCGAAAUGGGUCGAGCGGCGGAGACCGAAUCGAUGCUGAAGAGGACGCUUAGGACUCUCUGCUGUAGCAACGGUUGGUCUUAUGGGGUUUUGUGGCGCUUUGAUCAGCGAAAUUCCAUGUUGCUGACUUUGGAGGAUGCGUAUUAUGAAGAGCAAAUGGGGGUUGUUGUGAUAGACAGUAUGCUUCUACAAGUCCACAUGCUUGGUGAAGGAACUAUUGGUCAAGCUGCUUUCACGGGGAAACACCAAUGGAUUUUCUCAGAUGUUCAUGGUGGAGAUUGGAAUUCCUUGAAUUCUAUCACAAGUCCAGAUGUAUGCCAGGGUGAUUCUGAGUUUCACCAACAAUUUUCCUCUGGAAUAAAGACUAUUGCUGUAAUCUCUGUGGAAUCAUGGGGAGUGGUGCAGUUUGGAUCCACCCAGAAGAUUCUGGAGAAUUUAGAAUUUGUGGAUCAAGCUAAAAGGUUGUUCAGCCAGUAUCAUGUUGAUGGUAUUGUCUUAUCAGACAAUGCACCUUCCUCUUUGGACAGUGAAAUACACAAUCCCAGUAGUUCGUUUGACUCCCCAAAUUCAUCUGGAAAUUCCACUCGUGGGCAUCUUGAACCCAGGCACAAUGACGACUGUAAAGACCCAAUGGGACGCUCUUCUUCAACAAUGAAUUUUACCAGGUCUUCCCCAUUCACUUCUGGUUUUAUGACUGGAAGUGAAGAUCUCCUGAUUAGUCAGUCAUUGCAUCCUAGAAACCAAUUUCAGAUGACUGCUACAGAAGCUCAGGUUAUAUUUUCGAAGCCUAGCACCCAGUCGCAGCCGGUGUUUUUACAGUCCACUGCCUCCACUAACAACUUAAUUGUCAAUGCCCCAUGCAUUAGUGCUUGGAGUAGUGAGGGUUCUACCCUGACUUCAUUUGAGAGAGAACUUCCUUCUGUAAUGGGGUUUCAAAACAACUCAAAUGAUUUAUCGGCAAGGCCAAAAACUUCUCUAUCUUGCGGAACAACAACAAUUCUAGGGGACUCAACGAUUUCUUCAUUAUACAGCAUGGCAGGAUCAAUUGAUGUGGAAAAGCGUAAUUUUUAUGACUCGGGAAAAUUCAUAGACACCUGGAAUUCAACUCCAUCAAUCUGUGGGACAGAAGCUCAACUUCCAGAAGCAUCAGGUAGCCUGUGUUUAUUCCAAGAAGACAUUUCUAAACCCUUUCUGGUGGAUAAUAUUUUGCAGUGGCUUACUUCAUCACCCGACCAAAGCAUUAAUGCACAGACUGCUAAACUGAACGAUGAACUGACCCAAGCUAUAGGAGUUGCUUCGGUAUCUUCUGGUUUGAAUGGAGGUUGUGUUAAAAAUGAAUUUCUACAAUCAAAUGAACCUGAUUCUGCACAAAGUUCAAUCAGUAAUACAUUCAAUUUAGAUGGAGGAGAGAAAUCUUUGGAUGUUCCCUGCAUUGAAAAUGACCUGUUUGAUAGUUUGGGACUGGAUUUUGGGUCUGGUCUGGCAGGUGAAUGUUGGGAAAAUAUGAUAAUGCCAGCAGCAAGAGGUGGGCACUCAGCUAUCAGUUCCAGUAUUUCAGAAUGCGUCUCAGAGUUCGAUGUUGGGUCCAUGGCUGGCCCCCGGAAAGGUUUAUUCUCUGAAUUAGGACUUGAACAGCUUCUGGAGGGAAUAACUAGUAAUGCGAACUCUGUUACUAAAUCCAGUUCUGACGAUCAGUUGUCCUCCACUAAAAGAAAAAGAAUAGAAAAUUCAGUGGUGAAUGGUAAUCAAGUUCAGCUCACAGGUCUCUCUUGUAUUGGUGGGGGCAUGAAUGUGAAACAACCUCUAUAUAACCUGGAUAAGAAUCUUGCCUCCCAGAAAGAGGCUAUCCCAAAGUCACAGGUCGGUUUAUGGAUCGAUGACAGCUAUAGCAUCAAUGCCAGGAGCACUGUAACAUCACAGUCUAAGAAGCAUGAAGAGCCGAAAAAGGUCACCAGGAAACGGGUUAGACCAGGGGAAAGUACUCGACCAAGGCCCAAAGACCGUCAACUGAUCCAAGAUCGUCUCAAAGAGUUGAAAGAGAUCAUACCAAAUGGUUCAAAGCUAAGCAUUGAUGCUUUGUUGGACCACACGGCCAAACACAUGCUGUUCUUGCAAAGUGUGACAAAAUAUGCUGACAGACUUAAACAAACUGAAGAGCCGAAGCUGAUUGGGCAGGAGAAUGGAGUGGUUCUGAGAGAGAGCUUCAGUGGCAGUGGUAAUAGCAGCGGUGGUGCUACGUGGGCAUUUGAAGUAGGAGGUCAAUCAAUGGUUUGCCCAAUUAUUGUUGAGGAUCUUAAUCCCCCAGGUCAAAUGCUUAUAGAGAUGCUCUGUGAAGAAGGGGGGUUCUUUCUUGAGAUAGCAGAUGUAAUUCGUGGAUUUGGCUUGACCAUCUUGAAGGGAGUGAUGGAGGUUAAAGAGAAUAAGAUAUGGGCACGUUUUACUGUUGAGGCAAAGAAGGAAAAUAUAACGAGAAUGGACAUUUUUAUGUCCCUUGUUAAUCUUCUACAACAAACAAGCACUAGCGCAAAUAAUUCAAAAAAUGAUCUUAGUAACACUAUCGAUGGGCGGGUUGCUCCCUUCAACAAUUACCAACAGCCUCAGGAGCCAAUUCCCAUCAGCUUGGCUGACGCAUGUAGAUAACCAGAGCGCAUGGAAAAGAAGCCCCGAGCAUUCGCCCAAUGAAGCCCUUUUAUGAUGGGUGUCCUGGAAUUCGAACUUGAUGAGCAACCAAAACAAAAGGGGAAGAUGAGAAGUACAUCCAUCUGAUUUUUACUGGCUUGGUAAUGGGAAUCGAAUGUGCAUAUGGGUUGGAUUAGGAAUUACUUUUAGAAAGGUAUGGGGCUAGCAUUAAUAUUUAAUUUUGUUUUUAGCCAGUUAGCUAGAGGGAAAGCAAGUUUGUGUUGGGAGGUUUAGGCAUGUGCCAAUCUUAGUAGAGGCUAAAACAUGAGUUUAGAUUGAGAACUAUUCUAUAUUUUUGUUUCUCUUGUUUUUUGCUUUUCACCCCCUUGUCCUUUGGUUCAUGCCAAAAGUUGUUUAUAUCCAUCCUGAAUCUGAUAGUAGUUGUAGGCUAACUUCUAAUUGUUUUUGGGCCUCUGUUUUGUUCAUUAAUAUAGUGAUGGAAAUUUGCAUCUC